UGAAAACGCCUGUAGGUCUAGUAGAUUCUAGUUUGUUGACAAAAGGAAAAGAAAAAGAAAUUUCCCUUUUUGGGGAACAUCUGUUCAUGGUUGUUGUUAAUUUCGAUUUUAAAUUUUCGGUUUUCACAAUUCCAACAAACUAGUAUUUUAUCUAUUUUAUAAAAGAACUCGCUAAUGUUUUCGAUAAACAGUUGAAUAUUUGUAUUAACAUUGAACAGCUGCAAGCAAAUAAUGGCCCAAACUAAAAUAACAGCAAUUUACGGACGUCGCCCCCCUUGCUCGGAAGUUGGCAGGAUCCAAGAGAGAAAAAACAAGGCGAAGGCCUUAAAAUUGCAAGAGCAAAAUCGCAAACCCGAGAAACCAGAAGAUUUUAUCACAUACGAAGACAGCGAGUCGGAAGAAGAAACUGAUUUUGUAUUAAACGAAGCCCUAAACACGUCGUACAAUUUUGUCGAUUACGUAAAGCAUAGAGAAACUCAGACCUCAAAAUACAGUUCUGUAAUGAAAGAAUACGGAAAUAGACACAUGUUGACUCAUGAAAUGUUUAAGGAAACUGCAAUCAAUUUGGGACAUAUGAACAAAGUGUUUUGUUCUCAGUGGUUAAGUAAUAGACAGGUUGUUUUCGGAACUAAAUGUAAUAAGCUAAUGGUCUACGAUGUCCAAACUCAUAAAUUAGAUCAGAUACCAUCCCUUAUCAGCAGUACUAGAAGGGAAAUUCAAAAUAACAAUGAGCAGCCUUGUGGUAUUCAUUCAGUCCAACUUAACCCGUCAAGAACUUUGCUGGCAACUGGAGCAAGAAAUACUUGUGACGUGGCUGUUUAUAGAAUGCCCACAUUAGAUCCGGUUUGUGUUGGUGAAAACGCUCAUAAAGAUUGGGUGUUUGAUAUGUGUUGGCUAGACGAUGAGUUUUUAGUUUCCGGCUCGAGAGAUACAAAAUUAGCUCUGUGGAGAAUAACAGAUGAUAUUUUAGAAGCUAAAGAUGAAGUGCCAACACAUAAAAUUAUAUCGCCUCAAUCUUUGAAGGAUUGUAGAAAUUCACAGAAAAUUAGAGCAAUAGCAUUCAAUAAAUCUUACCAAGAAAUAGCGGCCUUGAGCCUUAACGGUUACAUUCAUAUUUGGGAUGCCGAAAGGUUUCAGCAAAAAAUAUCUCGGAAACUGCCAAGCUCUCAGGAAAAUGUAUGCAUGGCUGUACAAGAAAAUGGAAGCGUUUAUGCUAUUGGUUGUCGAUCUUAUACACUUUUAUUGGAUUGUCGAACACUACAGGCCAUCAAAAAAGUAUCAUCACGUUACUCCGGUUGUGGUAUUCGAUCUGCUACGUUCCAAGGAGACAUUCUAACAGUCGGUACUGGUUUAGGGAUGUUAAUGUUUUACGAUUUGAAGGCUGGAAAAUACUUGGAAAGCAGCAUUAAUACUUCUAGAACUGUUAUAUUAAAGGGUAGCAAAGGAUAUGUGUUCCCUGAUGAAGAAUACAUGGACAAUGCCCAAAAUGUAAAAUACGUACCGGCCAUCUAUACACAUUGCUACGAUUCCACUGGGACGCGGCUGUUCACAGCCGGAGGGCCUCUUCCUGCAACUUUAACUGGAAAUUAUGCAGGAUUAUGGCAAUAAAAAUUUACGUUAUAGGGUAGCUAUAAUUAAAAUUUCACCUAACGGUUUAAGUAAGCAAUUUAAGGGCGGCCAAGUGUCUGAAAAAUGUUUUAAGUUCCUUAAUUGCAGAUUUGUGAUUUUUACAUGUUCGUAUAAGUCGUUGACCGAUUAGCACAGAUAGCAUAAAAUAUGAAUUGCUUACGCCAAGACAUAAUUACGAUGUAGGUAUUAAUUAUAAGGAAACUAGACAGAAUUUAAGCAAAAUGGUUUGAAUCCUCAGUCUAUCUGUGCUAAUAGUUCAUUGGUAUACAAGUAGUUGUUUUUUAAAAACAUUUAGGAUAAACAUAUAUUUUAAGGCAUAUGUAUAAAUAUUUUAAUUGUCUAUUCAUUUUUUUUUUGCAAGCUUAAUGUGAGGAAAAAUCAUCUCCGUUUUUGUGAUGCAUUUUUAAUUUAGAUGCCGAUUUUUUUUAAUUUUAGGUGUUGAGGUGGAUAUAUUUGCAUAUUUCGGUCUUUUAUUUAAUUUAAUCUAGCAUUGUCCAUUUAACCAUGCGAUUUCUUUCUCGUAAUGUUAUAGGUAUGACCAAGAAUAAUUUUUUUUAAUGUUAAUUUUAUCAUUGGAUUGGUACAUUUUUGGUAAAUUCGAAAACUGUGUAUAGGUUUAAGUUAUACAUCAGUUGAAUUCAUUUAUCAUAUUUUUCUUCAAACUUCAACAAGCUUAUUUCCUACCAAGUAAUUUUUUGAUGUUAAAGUUUAUUUUGUUUGACGGUGACUAUGAAACUAAAAGUACUUUUAAUGCCGUCGAGGGCAAAGGUAAAAGUACAACUCAAACUUUUGUCAUUUAUGUAUUUGGGGUAAAAGUUACUUUUGUAGCGCAUCUGUCAUGCCAGACUUGACAUAAAAGUAUCACUUUUACUCCUAAUAAAACCACAUACCUACAUAUUUAUUGCACCAUAUUGUAGACUAGAUUCUUUUAAAAUUUUCCCUUGAUUUUGUUUAUUGGUUUUAAUUGAUUGGACUUAAACAUUGAUUAAAUAUACAUAUUUAGAAUCAAUCUUUUAAUAAACAAUAUCUCAAUAGUUUGUGAA